AUGUCCUCCCCAAGAUUCCCCAGAUUAGUUGACUCUUUCACGGCACCAAAGGAAGUACUGCAGGAGUUUGCAGAACUCGCUGAGGAGGAGAACGUUGACCCCUUCGCCGAAACUGCAUCAAAGCGCCAGAUUGCGUCGCGGCAGUCCGACUACCAUAACCGCCGAUUCAAUCGCCAAGCACUCGAGAGCGAGGAUGCGUUCAAAGCGGUAGAGGAGGGCAAGGAUGUUGAGGGCGGGUAUAAGGGUGCCAUGAGAUUGCAGAGGCUUGAGCAGGAGGAGCAGCGAGUCAGACGAGCAAUCGAGGAAAAAGAGAAGCAGGCGAGGGAGGAGGGCAAAGCAAAGAUGGAUCUAGACAAGACACCCCCUCGGGAGGAGCUUGAAGCAGCGGCGAAGGAGCUCGCAGGGACGAAGCGCAAACGCCGAUGGGAUGUUGCUGAGCCAGAGGAUAAGGAGAACAAGGAGGUGAAGGGUGGUGAGUGGUCCAAGGAAGCUCUCGAGGAGGCUGCACCUAAGAAGCGUCGUUCUCGCUGGGACGCGACGCCUGCCGACGUCAAUGCGCUCAGUGAGACUCCCAAGAGAUCGCGCUGGGAUCAGACACCCGUUGUCCAAGACAUUCCCAUGCAGCCCAUCAUUAUGAAUGCGCCUGGCUUCAUGCAUGAGGACAAGCACAACCGUUAUCUGACCGAUGAAGAGUUGGACGCUGUUCUCCCUGCCACCGGUUAUUCCAUUGUCACUCCGCCUCCGGGUUAUGCCCCUCUGAUUCGCCCCCCGAAGGUCGCCACUCCCGUCACCGAAGUUGGCGGCUUCCAGAUACAGGAGAGCUCCGAUGCUGCUAACCUCGCAGCAGCGGCCGGUCUUGCCCCCGAGUUGCCCACUGAGAUUCCGGGCGUCGGCAGUCUCGCUUUCUUUAAGGCGGAGGACGCGCAGUACUUCGCCAAGAUUUUGAAGGAGGAGGACGAGACGGAGUUGUCGGUGGACGAGAUGAAGGAGCGCAAGAUCAUGCGUCUCCUGCUCAAAAUCAAGAACGGCACGCCGCCCGUCCGAAAGACCGCCCUCCGACAGAUCACAGACAAAGCCCGUGAAUUCGGGGCUGGUCCUCUCUUUGACAAGAUCCUGCCUUUGCUGAUGGAGCGAACGUUGGAGGACCAAGAACGUCACCUGCUUGUCAAGGUUAUCGACCGCGUACUGUACAAGCUCGACGACCUUGUUCGGCCAUACGUCCAUAAGAUCCUCGUCGUCAUCGAGCCUCUGCUCAUCGAUGAGGACUACUAUGCCCGUGUUGAGGGACGUGAGAUCAUCUCCAACUUGUCCAAAGCAGCUGGUCUCGCGCACAUGAUCUCCACCAUGCGUCCCGAUAUCGACCAUGCGGACGAGUACGUGCGUAACACAACUGCCCGUGCAUUCUCAGUUGUGGCUUCGGCGCUCGGUAUUCCAUCUCUGUUGCCUUUCCUGAAAGCUGUCUGCCGGAGCAAGAAGUCGUGGCAGGCGCGACACACUGGUAUCCGUAUCGUCCAGCAGAUUGCUAUCAUGAUGGGAUGCGCCGUGCUACCGCACCUUCGCAACCUCGUCGAUUGCAUCGCGCAUGGGCUCCAGGAUGAGCAACAGAAGGUCAGGACAAUGACCGCCUUGGGUCUUGCAGCGUUGGCUGAGGCAGCUGCGCCCUACGGUAUAGAAUCGUUUGACAAUGUCCUCAAGCCGCUGUGGGUCGGUAUCCGCCUGCACCGCGGCAAGAGUCUGGCUGCAUUCCUGAAGGCCAUCGGUUUCAUCUUGCCCCUGAUGGACCCUGAAUAUGUCUCUUACUACAUCAAGGAGGUGACCAUCAUCCUCAUCCGUGAGUUUCAAACGUCAGACGAGGAGAUGAAGAAGAUCGUCUUGAAGGUUGUCCAGCAGUGCGCCGCCACCGAAGGUGUUACGCCGCAGUACAUCAAGCAGGACAUUCUGCCCGACUUCUUCAAGGCCUUCUGGGUCCGUCGCAUGGCUCUCGACCGUAGAAAUUACAGACAGGUCGUUGAGACAACUGUCGAGUUGGCUCAAAAGUCUGGUGUUGCAGAAAUUGUUGGAAGGAUUGUCAAUGACCUCAAGGACGAGGCCGAGCCGUACCGCAAGAUGGUCAUGGAGACAAUCACGAAAGUGGUUGCUUCUCUCGGUGCAUCCGACAUUGAUGAACGACUGGAGGUUCGGCUCGUCGAUGGCAUUAUCUACGCCUUCCAAGAGCAGACGACGGAGGAUCAAGUCAUGCUGGAUGGGUUUGGUACGGUUGUCAAUGCACUGGGUAUUCGGGUCAAGCCGUAUUUGACGCAGAUCGUGUCUACCAUCCUCUGGCGUCUCAAUAACAAGAGCGCCAAGGUGCGUCAGCAAGCAGCGGAUCUCACCACACGUCUGGCCGUUGUCAUCAAGCAAUGCGGCGAAGAUCAGCUUCUGAGCAAACUGGGUCUCGUCCUCUUCGAGCAGCUCGGUGAAGAAUACCCCGAUACCCUGGGUAGUAUUAUUGCUGCCGAGGGUGCUAUCGCGAACGUUGUCGGUAUGACGCAAAUGAAUCCGCCUGUGAAGGAUCUCCUGCCCCGUAUGACGCCGAUUCUCCGUAACCGACACGAGAAGGUGCAGGAGGCCACGAUUAACCUGAUCGGUCGCAUUGCUGACCGCGGUGCCGAGUUUGUGCCAGCGCGAGAAUGGAUGCGUAUCUGCUUCGAGCUUCUGGAUCUCCUGAAGGCGCACAAGAAGGGCAUCCGUCGUGCGGCGGUCAAUUCUUUCGGUUACAUUGCCAAGAGUCUUGGUCCUCAAGACGUAUUGCAAGUGUUGCUUACAAACCUACGUGUACAAGAGCGACAGAGUCGUGUCUGCAGUACGGUUGCAAUCGCUAUUGUAGCAGAGACUUGCGGUCCUUUCACAUGUAUCCCUGCCAUCCUCAACGAGUAUCGCACUGCCGAAUUGAAUGUCCGGACUGGAUGUCUGAAGGCACUCUCAUUCGUAUUCGAAUACGUCGGUCCACAGUCGGCUUACUACGCGGACUCUGUCGUCACGAUGUUGGAGGAUGCUCUCACGGACCGCGACCUUGUGCACCGACAGACCGCAAGCACGAUUGUCAAGCAUCUGGCCAUCGGCGUCGCCGGCCUCGGCUGUGAGGAUUCCAUGCUGCACUUGAUGAACCUCGUGUGGCCCAAUUGCUUCGAGACGUCACCGCACGUUAUCGGUGCUGUGAUGGAAGCCAUCGAAGCCAUGCGGGUGACUCUCGGCCCGGGUAUCCUGUUGAGCUAUGUCCUGCAAGGCUUGUUCCAUCCAGCGAGGAAAGUUCGCGAGGUGUACUGGCGUAUCUAUAAUUCGCUAUACCUUGGCGCUGCUGACGCUUUGGUACCGUUCUAUCCAGACCUGGGAGAGCUGAGCGAAGGACAGAACGUGUAUGACCGUCAUCCACUCCAGGUGUUCAUUUAGAUUAUAUUCUCCUGUUGCCGUGUCGUGUACUGUGU